UGUCAGUAAGCUUCAUUCUGUCCACAGAUUCUGUCUUCUGGGAAAAUAAUGUUGAAAUGCAAACAAUAAUAGAAUUCCCUUAAUAGUAAUUUUCAAAAGAGAAUUGUUGAACAAUACUUUGUUGGGCCGAAUUAGAGCGUUGCCUUCGCAUUUAAAACCAAUGGGGGGCUGUCGGUGUUCCUACAAAAAUUGCACAAACACGACGAAAUCAGCAGAAAUCAAUUUCUUCCAGUACCCGGUAAAGCACAGAUCUAGGUGCGUAAAUUGGAUCGAAAAUUCCGAAAAGCCCGCCUUUUAUGACCUGGAAGAAGAUCAAUUAAGAAACAAAGUAAUUUGUGAAUCGCACUUUGAAGAAAAAUGGUUUCUCAACAGCCAAAGAAAGCGGUUAUUGCAUGGAGCAAUCCCAACAUUGGACGGUAAUUCAAAUCAUGUCCGAGACACUGCAUCUCCGAAUUCCAGAGAUGCUCCUGUUUAUUUACCCUCUAACUCUAACCAGUACAGUGAUGUGAAAGUAGUGCCUACCAACAAUGAUGGCACAGUCUUCGUGUUGGACACCGAAAAUAUGUUUACAAUAUCUCCGAAAAUUGAGUCAUACAUUAUUAAAAACGGAGUUCUGGUUCCCACCAAUUCAAACAGUGCGGUAAAAAAUACAACAGGUAGAUUCAUUAGGCAAUCAACCUCGAAUAGAUUUACAAAACCAUCCACCAGUACUGCAGGGUAUGUAAUGGGAGCAGAAACAGAAAUUGCCAACAUCAACACGCCGCCAGGCCCGUCAAAAACACUAUUAAAGGAAAAUUCGCACCAAAGCAAUUUUUUAAAAUCGGAAGUAGGAGAGGCUGAAACCGAGAAUGGGGACUUCUUCAGUCAUGAAGAACCAUCUGAGAAAAAAAUUGUUUCUGAGGACGUCAAGCACAAAGCGAAGCAAGGACAUACUAUUUCAAAUAACCAUGGACAUUCGAAGAGUGCCGUUACAAAGAACUAUUUACGGCAAAUUAAAAAACAUAGUCGAGACAUCGCCACCAUCAAACGAAUGCUUAAACAGAAACGAAUUGCUCAACAAGCUAAACCCUCUAUUAAAAACAUACUUGCUGAGCUGCAGCAGCACGUUCCAUCGAGUUUAUUUACAAUUAUAAGCUUGAUUUUAGGCGAAAAAAAUGAUCUAAAUGGCGAAGAUAUUGAAUUCUUUACAACGCUUCACCGAGCCUCUCCGGAAGUUUACCAAAUGCUUUCAGAUAAAUACAAGUGGAAUUUACCCAGCAUAGAGCUAGUAGUCGACACAACUGAACCAUUCUAAUUGAGAAAUUGCUGAUUAUUGAUAAGCUUCUUCUUCAGUCUUCUUUAUUGUGUAAUUGAAUAUAUCAAAUUUUUUAUUUCUCUUAAUUGUACAAGAUCAGGGUUGAACUGAUACAAAUACAAGUGAUUUGUAAGCUUAAUUUUCGAAGUCCUCGGUUUGUGAAGAAAGUAACUUUUUUAUUAACAGGUUGAACUCUCUGGUUGAUUUGAAUGCAAUUUUUACGGUUUAUUAAAUCGCCAACUGGACCAGUUAAUCAACCGCAUGAAUUUAAUUUAAAUGUCAAUUUACAAAAAUAUGUGCCUCUAAAACGAAGCACACCUAUGCUCAUAUGCCCCUAGGCUUUUAUCAUUUCAACUCUGAAACCCUAUGUAUACAUAGUGUUAACAGUGCCGAGAUUGGCGAUAGUCUAUCGAUGGAAAAAUUGAAGUCUAGAUAUAUAGUCCAAAUCUCUAUCUACAGGUCAAACGAUAUUGUUUGUUUUUUAUUAGCUACUUAUAUCUAGUCUUUUUAUUAUAUAAAUGAUGAACUUCGAAAUUGCCUACACCCCAUCACAAAUUGCAUUUUCUCAUAUGGGUUGUACAGUUCCGAAUGUAUCGUUCAGAUUGUUUAUAAUUGUCAUCAAAUUGAAGAAAAUUAAUUUUGUACCCAUUGUUUUAUGUAAUAGAUUAAUCAAGAGGGAACACCAUGUUUCCAUUGUGAUUACAUAGGAAGUUUGUUCAUUAUUUCAAAUCAAUUUCACUAAACUGAUCGUGACAUGUUUGCUGUUUAUUUCAAAUACCAACAUUUUUUAAUAAAAUUUAAAGAGGAA